ACUCUGACCCCGGCGCACGCGCAAACGAGACGAGAUAUAUUGAACUUGUGUUUGUGUGGUGUCGUGAUUAUUUUUCUUGUGUGCAGGGGCCCCAUGAAGCGGCUGUCAUGCACAUAGCGACACUGAUUGCACUCGUGCAGCUGUCGCUCGCUACAGCUGUUUCAGAUGUCGGAACGCUCACCGCAGCCGAACUAAACCUUCAGCUGGCUGGAGAAAAUGGCUUAUCACCAUUCUUCGAAGAUGCGAGCGAUGAAACCGGCGUCAAUUUCGUGAGGGGUUCAAGAGCUGCAGAUUCACCGCUCUCACCGGACAUUGACGUACAAUGUUCAGCAGACCACAUCCAAGUAACGGUUGAUUUCUCUGACAUAUACGAUGGAAUCAUUUACAGCAAGGGUUUCUUAAAUGAUCCUAAGUGCAAAUACGUAUCUUCCGGAGGCAGCCAAUCUCGCUACUCAUUCCGAGUACCAUUGAAUGGCUGCGGAAGUCGACCACUUUGCAACGCUUGCGGUACCAUCGACAACGUUCUCGUGUUCCAAGGAGAUGAAUUAGUCCAAGGAUCUUAUGAUUUCGCUAGAAAGAUAUCAUGUGCCGGUACUGCUCUGGAAGUUUCCACUGGUGUCAGAAAGGAACAAUCACAUAUUCUAAAGCUGAAGCCUUUUAUGGUUGAUAUGCUUGAUGUAGUUGCAGUACAAGGACCAGCAGGUGGCGUUGAAUGCUGGAUGGAUAUUCAGAAAGGAGUUUUCCCCAAAACUACUCCAUUGGAAAAUUCAAUCAAAAUCGGUGAAUAUCUCACCAUCCUUAUAUAUUUGAAAGAUAUCAGAAAUCAAUUCAAUCUUAAGAUUCACGAUUGUUGGGCGUAUGAUAACGAAGAUUAUGAUAGCUCGAAGACAAACAAAAUUCAACUGACUGACAAAGAUGGUUGUCCCAAGAAAAAGAAAUUCAUCGAUUCAUGGCAGAAAUCCACGAAUACUGGAAAAAGUGGAGCGACAUUAAUCGCUUACAGCAAAAUAAGUGCUUUCCGUUUCCCAGAAACUGACCAGGUCUACCUGACUUGUAAUGUUGAGCUAUGCACAAGCAACUGUGAUGCAAGCUGUAAUGGAAUCAAAAAGGAAAUAACAACUGUUAUACCAGACAUAAAAUGCUAUCCAGGGUCUACUGACCCUCUUUGCUCAAGACCAACAACAUCUGCACAACCAAACUGCUUCCCUGGCAACAAUGACCCACGUUGUCCUAAACCAACAAUUCCUCAACCUAACUGCUUCCUCGGAAGUACUGAUCCUCGGUGUCCCAAACAAACUACACCUACACCAAAUUGCUACCCCGGUAAUACAGACCCACGUUGCCCAAAGCCUACGACGACUGAGGCCCCAAGAUGCUUACCUGGCAGCAGCGAUCCCCGUUGUCCAAAACAAACUACACCUACACCAAAUUGCUAUCCUGGUAAUACAGACCCACGUUGCCCAAGGCCUACGACAACCGAGGCUCCAAGAUGCUUACCUGGCAGCAGCGAUCCCCGUUGUCCGAAACAAACUACACCUACACCAAAUUGCUACCCCGGUAAUACAGACCCACGUUGCCCAAGGCCUACGACGCCUGAGGCACCAAGAUGCUUCCCGGGAAGUAGUGAUCUUCGUUGUCCCAAACCAACAACACCUGUACCUACAAACUGCUACCCUGGAAACACAGAUCCUCGAUGUCCUCAGCCUACAACCCCAGAAGCCCCAAGAUGUUAUCCCGGUAGUACCGACUUGCGUUGUCCAAAACUUACGACUACUCUACCUCCAAAACCAGUAUGUUAUCCUGGAUCACCAGACCCAAAAUGCCCACAAAAUCCAAGGCCUACACCUAUAACACCACCUACAUAUUUGCCUCCAUCUACGGAAAUACCUAAAUGCUAUCCGGGUUCAACAGACGCUAGAUGUCCUAAGCCAACAACAAGAGUUCCACCUGCAUGCUUCCCAGGCAGUGACGAUCCGCGUUGUCCAAAGCUAACCACCCCCACACCAUUUAAGUGCUUCCCAGAUAGUACUGACCCACGUUGUCCAAAACCAACCACUCCUGCACCUCCCAAGUGCUUCCCGGGAAGUACUGAUCCACGUUGUCCUAAACCAACAACAAUAGUACCACCAAACUGCUAUCCUGGAAGUACUGAUCCUCGUUGUCCAAAGCCAACACCUGCUCCUCCAACAUGCUUCCCUGGUAGCAGCGAUCCCCGAUGCCCUAAGCCAACGACUCCAGCACCACCAAACUGCUACCCUGGAAACACAGACCUUCGUUGCCCUAAGCCUACUACUCCUGAUGCGCCGAGAUGUUUCCCUGGAAGUACAGACACUCGUUGUCCUAAGCCCACUACUCCUGCUCCUCCAAGAUGCUUCCCUGGUAGCAGCGAUCCCAGAUGCCCUAAUCCAACAACGUCAGCACCACUUAACUGCUACCCUGGAAACACAGAUCCACGUUGCCCUAAGCCUACUACUGCUGAAGCGCCGAGAUGUUUCCCGGGAAGUACAGACACUCGUUGUCCUAAACCCACUACUCCUGCUCCUCCAAGAUGCUUCCCUGGUAGUAGCGAUCCCAGGUGCCCUAAUCCGACAACGUCAGCACCACCUAACUGCUACCCCGGAAACACAGACCCACGUUGCCCUAAGCCUACUACUCCUGAAGCGCCGAGAUGUUUCCCUGGAAGUACAGACGCUCGUUGUCCUAAGCCGACUACUCCAGCUCCUCCAAAAUGUUUCCCUGGAAGCAACGAUCCCAGAUGCCCUAAGCCAACAACGCCUGCACCACCUAACUGCUACCCUGGAAACACAGAUCUACGUUGUCCUAAACCAACAACUCCUGCUCCUCCAAGAUGCUUCCCUGGCAGUAACGAUCCUCGAUGCCCCAAGCCAACAACACCAGCACCACCUAACUGCUACCCUGGAAACACUGAUCCACGUUGUCCAAGACCUACAACUUCUCUACCUCCUAAGCCAGUCUGCUACCCUGGGUCUCCAGACCCUAAGUGUCCUCAACCACCUAGGCCUACAACUCUAACACCACCUACAUAUUUGCCUCCAUCAACUCCAGCACCUCCAAGAUGCUUCCCCGGUAGCAAUGAUCCCCGAUGUCCUAAACCAACGACACCAGCACCACCUAAUUGCUACCCUGGAAGCACUGACCCACGUUGUCCAAAACCAACAACUCCUGCACCUCCUAAAUGCUUCCCUGGAAGCACUGAUGCACGUUGCCCUACACCAACAACACCUGCUCCUCCAAGAUGCUUCCCUGGAAGCACUGAUGCACGUUGCCCUACACCAACAACACCUGCUCCUCCAAGAUGCUUCCCUGGCAGCAGUGAUCCCAGAUGCCCCAAGCCAACAACACCAGCAUCACCUAACUGCUACCCUGGAAACACAGAUCCUCGUUGCCCUACUACUCCUGAAGCACCGAGAUGUUUCCCUGGAAGUACAGACUCACGUUGUCCUAAGGUGACUACACCAACUCCUCCAAGAUGCUUCCCCGGUAGCAGCGAUCCCAGAUGCCCCAAGCCAACAACCCCAGCACCACCUAACUGCUACCCUGGAAACACAGAUCCUCGUUGCCCUAAGCCUACUACUCCUGAAGCUCCGAGAUGUUUCCCUGGAAGUACUGACACACGUUGUCCUAAGCCGACUACUCCAGCUCCUCCAAGAUGCUUCCCUGGUAGCAGCGAUCCCAGAUGCCCCAAGCCCACAACACCAGCACCACCUAACUGCUACCCUGGAAACACAGAUCCUCGUUGCCCUAAGCCUACAACUCCUGAAGCGCCGAGAUGUUUCCCUGGAAGUACUGACACACGUUGUCCUAAGCCGACUACUCCAGCUCCUCCAAGAUGCUUCCCCGGUAGCAGCGAUCCCAGAUGUCCUAAACCAACAACCCCAGCACCACCUAACUGCUACCCUGGAAACACAGAUCCUCGUUGCCCUAAGCCUACUACUCCUGAAGCGCCGAGAUGUUUCCCUGGAAGUACAGACACUCGUUGUCCUAAGCCCACUACUCCUGCUCCUCCAAGAUGCUUCCCUGGUAGCAGCGAUCCCAGAUGCCCCAAGCCAACAACACCAGCACCACCUAACUGCUAUCCUGGAAACACAGAUCCUCGUUGCCCUAAGCCUACUACUCCUGAAGCGCCGAGAUGUUUCCCUGGAAGUACUGACACACGUUGUCCUAAGCCGACUACUCCAGCUCCUCCAAGAUGCUUCCCCGGUAGCAGCGAUCCCAGAUGCCCUAAACCAACAACACCAGCACCACCUAACUGCUAUCCUGGAAAUACAGACCCGCGAUGCCCUAAGCCCACAACGCCUGACGCACCGAGGUGCUACCCUGGUAGUACUGAUUUGCGUUGUCCAAAACCUACAACUCCUUCACCUACCAAACCAGUGUGUUAUCCCGGUUCACCAGAUCCGAAGUGCCCACAACCACCUAAACCUACAACUCUUACUCCACCUACAUACUUGCCACCAACUUCAGAUUUACCUAAAUGUUAUCCUGGCUCGACAGACGCUCGUUGUCCUAAACCAACAACUCCUGCUCCUCCAAGAUGCUUCCCAGGUAGCAGUGAUCCCCGAUGCCCUAGGCCAACGACACCAGCACCACCAAAUUGCUACCCUGGAAACACAGACCCGCGUUGCCCUAAGCCAACUACACCCGAAGCGCCAAGAUGUUUCCCUGGAAGUACAGACGCUCGUUGUCCUAAACCAACAACUCCUGCUCCUCCAAGAUGCUUCCCUGGCAGCAGUGAUCCUCGAUGCCCCAAGCCAACAACACCAGCACCACCAAACUGCUACCCUGGAAAUACUGAUCCACGUUGUCCCAAGCCUACAACUUCUCUACCUCCUAAGCCAGUCUGCUACCCUGGGUCUCCAGACCCGAAGUGCCCUCAACCACCUAGGCCUACAACUCUAACACCACCUACAUAUUUGCCUCCGUCAACUCCAGCACCUCCAAGAUGUUUCCCUGGAAGUACUGAUCCACGUUGUCCUAAACCAACAACACCAGCUCCUCCUAAAUGCUUCCCUGGAAGCACUGAUGCACGUUGCCCUACACCAACAACACCUGCUCCUCCAAGAUGCUUCCCCGGUAGCAAUGAUCCCCGAUGCCCUAAACCAACGACACCAGCACCACCAAACUGCUACCCUGGAGACACAGACCCGCGUUGCCCUAAGCCUACAACACCUGAAGCGCCGAGGUGCUUCCCCGGUAGCCCAGAUGCACGUUGUCCAAAGCCAACAACACCUGCUCCUCCAAGAUGCUUCCCUGGCAGCAGCGAUCCCAGAUGCCCCAAGCCAACAACACCAGCACCACCUAACUGCUAUCCUGGAAACACAGAUCCUCGUUGCCCUAAGCCUACUAUUCCUGAAGAGCCGAGAUGUUUCCCUGGAAGUACUGACACACGUUGUCCUAAGCCGACUACUCCAGCUCCUCCAAGAUGCUUCCCAGGUAGCAGCGAUCCCAGAUGCCCUAAACCAACAACACCAGCACCACCUAACUGCUAUCCUGGAAAUACAGACCCGCGAUGCCCUAAGCCUACAACACCUGACGCACCGAGGUGCUACCCUGGUAGUACUGAUUUGCGUUGUCCAAAACCAACAACACCUGCUCCUCCAAGAUGCUUCCCUGGUAGCAGUGAUCCCCGAUGCCCUAGGCCAACGACACCAGCACCACCAAAUUGCUACCCUGGAAACACAGACCCGCGUUGCCCUAAGCCAACUACACCCGAAGCGCCAAGAUGUUUCCCUGGAAGUACAGACGCUCGUUGUCCUAAACAAACAACUCCUGCUCCUCCAAGAUGCUUCCCUGGCAGCAGUGAUCCUCGAUGCCCCAAGCCAACAACACCAGCACCACCAAACUGCUACCCUGGAAAUACUGAUCCACGUUGUCCCAAGCCUACAACUUCUCUACCUCCUAAGCCAGUCUGCUACCCUGGGUCUCCAGACCCGAAGUGCCCUCAACCACCUAGGCCUACAACUCUAACACCACCUACAUAUUUGCCUCCGUCAACUCCAGCACCUCCAAGAUGUUUCCCUGGAAGUACUGAUCCACGUUGUCCUAAACCAACAACACCAGCACCACCUAAUUGCUACCCUGGAAGUACUGACCCACGUUGUCCGAAACUAACAACUCCUGCACCACCUAAUUGCUACCCUGGAAGUACUGACCCACGUUGUCCGAAACUAACAACUCCUGCACCACCUAAUUGCUACCCUGGAAGUACUGACCCACGUUGUCCGAAACCAACAACUCCUGCACCUCCUAAAUGCUUUCCUGGAAGCACUGAUGCACGUUGCCCUACACCAACAACACCUGCUCCUCCAAGAUGCUUCCCCGGUAGCAAUGAUCCCCGAUGCCCUAAACCAACGACACCAGCACCACCAAACUGCUACCCUGGAAACACAGACCCGCGUUGUCCUAAACCUACAACACCCGAAGCGCCGAGGUGCUUCCCCGGUAGCCUAGACGCACGUUGUCCAAAACCAACAACACCUGCUCCUCCGAAAUGCUUCCCUGGCAGCAACGAUCGUCGAUGCCCCCCACCAACAACACCAGCACCACCUAACUGCUACCCUGGAAACACAGAUCCUCGUUGCCCUAAGCCUACUACUAAACCGACUACUCCAGCUCCUCCAAGAUGCUUCCCCGGUAGCAGCGAUCCCAGAUGCCCUAAACCAACAACACCAGCACCACCUAACUGCUAUCCUGGAAAUACAGACCCGCGAUGCCCUAAGCCUACAACGCCGGACGCACCUAGGUGCUACCCUGGUAGUACUGAUUUGCGUUGUCCAAAAUCUUCAACUCCUUCACCUACCAAACCAGUGUGUUAUCCUGGUUCACCAGAUCCAAAGUGCCCACAACCACCUAAGCCUUCAACUCUAACUCCACCUACAUACUUGCCACCAACUUCAGACUUACCUAAAUGUUACCCUGGCUCCACAGAUGCUCGUUGUCCUAAACCAACAACUCCUGCUCCUCCAAGAUGCUUCCCUGGUAGCAGUGAUCCCCGAUGUCCUAAGCCAACUACACCUGAAGCUCCCAGAUGUUACCCCGGUAGUAGUGACCCCCGCUGUCCUAAACCAACUACACCUGAAGCUCCCAGAUGCUAUCCCGGUAGUAGUGACCCCCGCUGUCCUAAACCAACUACACCUGAAGCUCCCAGAUGCUAUCCAGGUAGUAGUGACCCCCGCUGUCCUAAACCAACUACACCUGAAGCUCCCAGAUGCUAUCCAGGUAGUAGUGACCCCCGCUGUCCUAAACCAACUACACCUGAAGCUCCCAGAUGCUAUCCAGGUAGUAGUGACCCCCGCUGUCCUAAACCAACUACACCUGAAGCUCCCAGAUGCUAUCCCGGUAGUAGUGACCCCCGCUGUCCUAAACCAACUACACCUGAAGCUCCCAGAUGCUAUCCAGGUAGUAGUGACCCCCGCUGUCCUAAACCAACUACACCUGAAGCUCCCAGAUGCUAUCCAGGUAGUAGUGACCCCCGCUGUCCUAAACCAACUACACCUGAAGCUCCCAGAUGCUAUCCCGGUAGUAGUGACCCCCGCUGUCCUAAACCAACUACACCUGAAGCUCCCAGAUGCUAUCCAGGUAGUAGUGACCCCCGCUGUCCUAAACCAACUACACCUGAAGCUCCCAGAUGCUAUCCAGGUAGUAGUGACCCCCGCUGUCCUAAACCAACUACACCUGAAGCUCCCAGAUGCUAUCCCGGUAGUAGUGACCCUCGUUGUCCUAAACCAACUACACCCGAACCUCCUAGAUGUUACCCCGGUAGUAGUGACCCCCGUUGUCCGAAACCAACUACACCUGAAGCUCCCAGAUGCUAUCCCGGUAGUAAUGAUCCUCGCUGUCCUGAACCCCCAAGAAAGUCCACUACACCAACUUCAUGUUACCCUGGUUCUAAGGACCCUAAAUGUCCGCAACCAUUCGCCCCUAGUAGUACAAACCCACCUUCGACAUACUUGCCACCAUUUCCUGCAGAAAAUGAAGUGAAGUCCUCUCGCGUGAACAGAUUAGCUAUAAAAAAUUUCGAUUAUUACGAUUCUCAGUCUGAAAUAGAUAACUUUGAACUCUCGCGAACCAAACCAAAAACAAGGAAUGCUAGGGACGUUAGCAACUCCAUAUACGAUACAGUCAAAGAAAAUGCCGGGCAAUUAACUGGCUUAGAAUACUCCGCAGUAGUUGGGUCUAUUAUGUUUAUAGUAAUGUCCUUAGCUGUAACUCUUUUUAUAUAUAAGAAAAAGGCAAGUCUUAAACGAGAAAAUGUAGUAAUUAAAACGAAUAUUCAUCCAUGCUAAUAUACAAUUAAAAUAUAAUUUUCGUAGAAUAUGAAUGUGAUCAUUGCUUCGUUUAUUUUUAAAAUGUUAAUGCCUGACGCGUUUUUAUAAAAAACAAUAGAUUUUAUAUGAAAUAAUAUUCACUGCCUUUUAAAGCUUUUUAUAUGUUAUUCAGGCAUUUUAAAUGGAUGCCUUUAUAUCAUAAAGGUGCCAUAGGUUGAUAUACAAUUUAAUUUUUUUGUAGCUAACAUAAUUACCUAUAUUCCUAGUCAAAAUACAUAAAGGUCCAUUAUCUUAAUGUUUAUAUAUUAUAUAUAAUUAUCUUGCUUAUUUUUUGUAUACAUAUACUCAUUUGUGAUAAUUGUAAAUAUAUAACAAUUUUAUGUCGUGGCCAUCCGUUUAAAUUUAAGGUAAUUCAAUUUAUGUACUCUGUAAGCUAACAUUCUGCGUUGUGUUAUUAUUGAUAUAUAAUUAUUAACAAUUGCAAAAAUACAUAACUCAGAAUGUAAGUAAAUAGAUUUUUUGAUAAAAUAUUAUACGUUAGUUUGUUGUAUAUUGAGUCAAUCUAAGUAAAACAUUCU